AAUGAAUUAAAAAAAACCUGAAAAGCAAUACUACUUAAGUCCAUUUCCAAAGGAUGUAAUUGGAUUAAUAGCAUCAAGUUGUGUUUAAAAAUUUUAAGGGGCUUAUACUUUGGAAUUGCAAUAAAAAUAAAGCAGAACUUUGUAGGAGGAAUUAAUUUAUAGAUAUUUUAAAGGAAGAUCUCCCCCUCAUGAACUGAGUUAAUCUGAUAAAGAUGAGUUAGAAAAAUUUGAAGGAAAUGAAUACCAUUUAUGUGAGUAUAGAGGAUAGCAAUUUUUAAAGAAAUAUUUCCAUCCGGAAGUGAUAAAAUUUAAUGAAUGUAUAGAGAUUUGCGAUAUUGAGAAUGCUUCAAAUUAUAAGGGAUUACUAAUUCUAAAAAGAUCAAUGUGUAGAAGAAAAUGUGAAGAUAAAAUGGAUAUGACAUUAAAGGAAUACAUGAGAGAUGGUAAAUUCCCAAAAAUGGAGGAAAUCUUGAAAAUGUGAGU